AUGGAAUGCUCCACUGGCCUUACGGGACCAAAUUAUUCUUUACAAUGCCGCUACCCUAGUUACGGCCGCCUUUGUCAACAACAAUGUGAUUGUACAGAAAUAUACUGUAAUAAAAUUGUCGGCUGCAUCAGCGUUGAAAAAGGAGUUAUAAAAGUUAUAUGCAGUGUAAACUUGAACAUGUACCUAAGAAAGAUUGUUUUAUUCUCUGUAACAUUUAUUUAUCAUAUUAGAGCUGCCAAAGGAGAUUGCAACCCAGACCAUGAAAACAAUUGCUGUCAAGGAUUUUUCUUUGAUGAGAUUUCAAAUGAAUGCAAAGAAUGCCCUGUGGGAUACAUGGGCCUCAACUGUUUCAUGGAGUGUCGCUAUCCUGGGUAUGGCAAAUCCUGUCAGGAGGAAUGUAACUGUUCAGAAGAGUUGUGUGACAUAUCAACAGGAUGUAUUGAUUCACCAAAGAAUGAAGAGAUACUUCCAGAUAAAAACUCUACAGAAUCUAGACAAGAGAGCAAAAAUUCGAAUAUGGAGCCUCCGGUAGCACCAAUUCUUAUCGGUGUUAUAGCUUUCAUGACGUUCUUGGUACUAGCUAUUGGUGGAAGAAUAAUCUGGAAGAAGGUAAAACAAUCUAACUCAAGGAUGGUUCAAGGACGGCAAGAGAUACAGAGACUUGAGAAACAGUUGAAUAGAAAAAAUGAUGAAAAUGAAGGCACGAAGGAAAAUCUUUACGAAGACAUGGAUGGACAGAAUACAGAAGAGAGCGGAAAAGAAGAUUUACUUUCUUCAGAAAAUGAUUACAUUGACAAGCUGGCUUACCUAAAGAAAGAAAAUAAAUCUGACAAUCGGGAAUCCAAUCACUUCUACGAUGCCUUAAAAUGA